CAGGAAUGAUGCUGCGAUACAAGACAAUGCUCAUACUUAUUUAAUGCGUGCCGGUAUGAGAAGCAAAAAUUUGUACGCCAUUCCGUCCAGUUGUCACCUCUGUUCGUUACCCUACACUAAGGGUUACACUUCGUAGUACAACUACUACCAUGGUCCGUCCACUUCUCAAUGCCACUUGGGGUGUCCUCUUGCUACUCUUCGCAAAAAUCACGCUCUCUUCAGCUGGAUCUCUGCCGAGAAACCAUGAAAAAGUACCAGAAGUCAAGAGGCAAGUCCCGUCUGAACCUCAGGGUGUGAAAACUAUCACAACUCCAAGCGGCGCCACAAUUCGCUACAGCCAGCCGGGCAAAGAAGGCGUCUGUGAGACCACUUCGAGCGUGGACUCAUACUCGGGGUACGUGGAUCUCGACGAUGAAACGCAUAUGUUCUUCUGGUUCUUUGAAGCGAGAAACAAUCCGAACGAGGCACCCUUGACCUUGUGGCUUAAUGGCGGUCCAGGCUCAGACUCGUUGAUUGGCUUGUUUGAGGAACUGGGCCCUUGUCAAAUUUUGAAAAAUCUCACCUCCAAGGUCAACCCUUAUGCAUGGAACGAAGUAACCAACCUGCUCUUCCUGUCUCAGCCGAUUGGUGUUGGAUUCUCCUACGCCGAUGAAGUAGUCGGCAUCCUAGACGAAACUACCGGAUUGCCCGUCAACUCAUCGAACCCAGAUGGCCGCUAUAGCGUGGUGGACCCGGAUAGGUUCGACACAACUGAGCUGUCGGCGAUUGGAGCUUGGGAGGUGCUCCAGGGCUUCAUUGAAAGCCUUGAUACCCUCGACGAGACCGUGACAGCAAGAACGUUCAACCUAUGGACCGAAAGUUACGGUGGACAUUAUGGCCCAGCCUUCUAUAGGUAUUUCUUUGAGCAGAACGAAGCUAUCCAGAACGGCAGCGCCAAGGGUUGUGAGCUGAACAUGCACACGCUCGGCAUCAUCAAUGGUAUUAUCUCGGAGAAGAUACAAGCCCCUUACUACCCAGAAUUUGCCUACCGAAACACGUACGGGAUAGAAGCAGUUAACGAGACUAUCUACAACUACAUGAAGAUGAACUACUACUUCCCAGAAGGUUGCAGCGAUAUGAUCGACGAGUGCGCAGAGUCAGACCGCUCUACCAAAGAAGGCACGACGGCCUGCUCAUCAGCAACCGCCAUUUGCCGCGGUCUAGUCGAAGGGCCCUACUACCACGUCAGUGGUCGGAGUCCGUAUGACAUCCGAGCGGAGUAUGGGGCCGAGAUACCCCCUGGUUAUUGGCAGGACUACCUGAACCUUCCUGCGACCCAAAACGCAAUCGGGGUCAACCUGAACUACUCGAGCAGCGGCGGCAACUCGAUCUUCGACGGAUUCACGACCACUGGCGACUUUGUUUAUCCCGACAUGCUAGAGGAUCUCGAGGUCAUUUUGGAUGAGGGUGUCAGUAUACAUUUGAUAUACGGUGAUGCGGACUACAUCUGCAACUGGUUCGGUGGCGAAGCCGUCUCACUACAAGUCAACUACACUCAUGCCAAAGAGUUCCGAGCAGCUGGGUAUGAGCCGUUCGUGGUAGACGGGACGGAGUACGGGGAGUCAAGGCAAUAUGGGAACUUUAGCUUCACGCGGAUUUACGAUUCCGGCCACGAGGUACCCUACUACCAGCCUAAGGCAUCGCUUGAGCUGUUCAGACGGAUUCUGGCUGAUUUAGUGGUUUCCGAUGGGACUGAAAAGGUCACAGCUACGUAUGAGAGCGAGGGGCCGGUGAAUGCGACGCAUACGAAUGUGGCGCCCACGCCGUACUAUACGGGACGACCAGAUAUUAAUGAAAAGAGGGACAUGCGCUUCGGUUCGUAGGGCGCUGAUUCCGCGGAUAAUCCAAACUUGAGUAACCUAGAAACUUAGACUUGGUUGUCUUCUGAGGGUCAUGGUUUAGAGUCAAGCUGGAUACAGACAACCAGGAGGUCCUUGAUACACUCAAAAAAAGCUAAUGACUAAUGCUGAUCGAGAACGGAGCUAUUUCAGACAUAAUUACUUGAUUGUAAUUUGGGUUUCCACUUGUUGAAUCCAGUCUUUGGGCGUGAUGGAUGCCGGAUUGCGUCAAAUUCUUAUCGACUCGACAUUCACGGAACCGAAUCUUUGAUAGACGAGUCGAAAAGUUUCAAUUAUCACCAAGAUUUCUGAAAUAACAUCUGCAAUCAAACCUUAGUCCACGACAAGGACCUUUUGAGGCUUAAUACAGCGGUGGAGAUACCCGGAAACGGUCAUUCGAGGAAUGAGUUAAUAUAU